GAGUGGUGUGGUCGCCGCCUGUCUCAGCAGGAGGAAGUAGGAGUCGGGAGGAUACCGCGAAGCUGCGAGGAUGGCCGGGAGAGGGAGGGGCCUGGCUUCUGGGCGGUGCCAAGUCUGGGCGGGGGCGCGGUCACCGCUGAGGCUGCCAGCGCAGGCCAAGGCGGCCACGUCCUGCUCCCCCAGGGUGUAGGGGCCGCCCCGGGUUUGCUGUCCUCAGGACCUCCAGACAUGUCCGAGGUGAAGAACCGGAAGAAGUCGGGGCCCAAGGGGAACCCCGCAGAUCCCGGGAAGCGGAAUGAGGGCGGGAAGAGCCCCGCCGCCCGGGACGGUGGAGGCGGGGGCUGGGUGGACCCUCGGACCGGCGUGAGCCUGCUGUCGCUGGGGUUGUGCCUGGGCCUGGCCUGGUUUGUAUUUCAGCAAUCAGAAAAGUUUGCAAAGGUGGAAAAUCAAUACCAGUUACUGAAAAUAGAAACCAACGAAUUCCAAGGGCUUCAAAGUAAAAUCAGUUUAAUUUCAGAAAAGCUUGAGUCUACUGAAAGUAUCCUGCAGGAAGCUACAUCAUCUAUAUCUUUGGUGACCCAGUUUGAGCAGGAAGUAUCCAGCCUCCAGCGUAUCAUGCAUGACAUUCAAAAUAGUGAAGAGAUGCUCACACAAAAGAUGCAAAGCCUCAGUGAGAAAUUCCAAAAUGUUACACAUUUCUGGAAGAGAAGCCUGGAAGAAAUGAAUGCUAACACAGACAUUUUCAAGUCAGAAUCAAAGGAUAUACAUUCUCAAGUUACGGUCCAAAUUAACUCAGCUGAACAAGGAAUAAAAUUGCUCACUGAAAGGCUAAAAGAUUUGGAAGACAGCACGCAAAGAAAUAUUAGAACAGUGAAAAGACAAGAAGAAGAGGAUCUUAUGCGAGUCGAGGAGCAGCUGGACUCUGAUGCAAAAGCAGUUGAGAAGUUAGAAAAGGAACAGCAUGCUCUCUUUGCCAGAGAUGAAGACCUGACUAAUAAGCUUUCCAACUACGAGCCCAAAGUUGAAGAAUGCAAGACACAUUUGCCAACCAUUGAAAGUGCCGUUCGCUCUGUUCUCAGAGUCUCUCAGGACCUGAUAGGGACGGAAAAGAAAAUGGAAGACUUAACAGUUCAGAUGUUUAAUAUGGAAGAUGAUAUGCUGAAGGCAGUGUCUGAGAUCAUGGAGAUGCAGAAAACUCUUGAAGGACUUCAGUACGAUAAUAGCAUAUUAAAGAUGCAAAAUGAACUGGAUGUUCUGAAAGGAAAAGUUCAGGACUUUAUAGUAUAUUCAAGCACAAGAGAAAAGGGAACUUUAAAAGAACAUAAUCUAGAAACUUAAGAAAUUGAUAGUGAUUUAAAUGCACUACAUUUAUUCUGGUGAACCAUGUUAUUAUAGGCCAGUUGAUUAGUUCCAUGCUUUUGUGUUAUUUUGAUACAUCUCACUUACCCUGCGUUAUUGGAAAAGAAGUGAGAUGUCCACACAAAUGGAUUAUCCAGACAUCAAAGUUUAUCUCUUUAAGCAAUAGUACUUCAUUUUAACUCUUUGAAAUAGAAAUAUUUCUAAAAUAUAUAUCUCUACUUUUUAAAAAGCAAUAUACUUAGUAUUUUUAAGUGUUUUUUCUAAUGGUCACUAUUAUGAAUUUCACCUAUUGGAUCCAAAUAUAUUAAUGUCUGUAGGAGCUAAUGAGGAGUGUUUACCUCCUCACUAAAUGACCCCAGUUUGCUAUUUUUCAAACCUUAUGUCUACUUCUUAUACCUGUUCUGUCACCUAGAAAGGUGACCCACUGACCUGAUCUUACUGUCAGGGCAGUUGAUGAAGUACCAUUCUCUGCUAGGUCUUCAUUUCCUUUGUAACUUACCACGGGCUAAGAAUCCAGAGAACAGAGUUCAUAGGAAUUUUGUCGAAAGUAAAAAUUAGCAUGCCCCAGGGCAAGCCUGGGGUACUUUGCUCUGAAUUAAUAUGCACUUUUUAAAAACUAUGGAUCCUUGGAAACAUUUUUUUUACUUUUUGUGAAGGUUCUAAACUGUGCUU